CUGUAGCCAGCAGCAUUCAAACCUUGCAGACUUUUGCUCUCUGAGAUUUUCUAAUAAGACAUACUCUUCUUACAACAGUUAAUGCUACAACAUAGCAAAAAAACUUAAUUUUUGGAAGAACAGUUAAUUCAUUUUGACACGGUGCACAGCAAAGUAAACUCGGUGGCCUCUUGUUCUCCACCCCUCAACAUGAUAGCAAUCUCUGCCGUCAGCAGUGCGCUCAUGUUCUCCCUUCUCUGUGAAGCAAGUACCGUCAUCUUACUCAAUUCCACUGACUCAUCCCCGCCAACCAAUAAUUUCACUGAUAUUGAAGCAGCUCUACAAGCACAGCUAGAUUCUGCGGAUCUCCCCAAAGCCAGGCGGAAACGCUACAUUUCGCAGAAUGACAUGAUCGCCAUUCUUGAUUAUCAUAAUCAAGUUCGGGGAAAAGUGUUUCCACCAGCAGCAAACAUGGAAUAUAUGGUUUGGGAUGAAAAUCUUGCAAAAUCUGCAGAGGCUUGGGCAGCUACUUGCAUUUGGGACCAUGGACCUUCUUAUUUACUGAGAUUUUUGGGCCAAAAUCUAUCUGUACGAACUGGAAGGUACCGCUCCAUUCUUCAGUUGGUCAAACCAUGGUAUGAUGAAGUGAAAGAUUAUGCUUUUCCAUACCCUCAGGAUUGCAACCCUAGAUGUCCGAUGAGAUGUUUUGGUCCCAUGUGUACACAUUAUACUCAGAUGGUUUGGGCCACUUCCAAUCGGAUAGGAUGUGCAAUUAAUACUUGCCAAAACAUGAAUGUUUGGGGGUCUGUAUGGCGACGUGCAGUGUACUUGGUUUGCAACUAUGCCCCAAAGGGCAACUGGAUUGGUGAAGCACCAUAUAAAGUAGGGGUACCAUGUUCAUCAUGUCCUCCAAGUUAUGGUGGAUCUUGUACUGACAACCUGUGUUUUCCAGGAGUAACGUCAAACUACCUAUACUGGUUUAAAUAAGCUUACUAUUCCACCAGGGGAUAAUGGUUUGAGGGAACACAGGCAUAAAUAUAUAUUGAAUUUUGCACAUAUUAUACAUAUUUUAUGAUUAUCUUGUUAUUCUUUUACAAUUCAUUUGUAUAAAUGUUUGUCUAGUGUGUUUGUUUUAAUUCUGUGGGAUAAUCAACAUAUCUAUUUCUAUUUUUGACCUCUAAUCGCACAU